UCACUUUGUGUUGUCCCUAACAUCAUAUAUGAAGAAUGAAAUGCAUAUCAGACGUUCCAUCACACUGAAAACGCUCCCGUCCUACUUGUUUCAGUCGAGUACGCGCACACUGUAUUGAUGGUUGAUUUCAUCAUCUGUUCGUCCCAUACUCAUCUCGCGUGCAACGUGAUUGAUAUUAACUUUGAACACAUCACACAUCACACCCGCUCUCAGUCCGUGUGAGAACGCCGUCCAUACUAUUCCAGUCGUUACCGGUGGUGUGUAUACCAGUUGGGCGCAGUACAAGUGCUUUGUGCAAUGAUUCUUCCGAACGAUCACUUCCAUGUUGUGCUCCUCAACUGAUAAUAGGCAUUUACCGGGCAGCAAUAAACGCCUUCAGUCGAGAUAAUACGCCACUGAUAAGCGACAAUUUGUGUGUGCCUCGUUCAAGUUCGAUUCCGGUGUCGGUAAAAAGUGAAGCUGCUCCUGUGCGGUCAGUUAGAAUGCAGCAGCUUCAAGUGAAGCAUUGAUAGUAGCAAAUCAGUACAGCGCGCAUACGUCAGGCUCUUUUGUGCGUUAUAUAACUCCAGAACUCUGUGCUCGUUCUUAUUGUGUCCUCGUAUAACAAUAGUGAAGAAGCUGAUAUUGUUCGUUAUUUCAAACGGUUCGACUCGCUGCGCAUAGGAAGAUCAAGGCCAAAAAGUGACCAACAGCCUAUACUGCAAUGAAGUUGAACCUGCACGUUUGAUUGUCAGUGACUGUGAGUAGUUGCCGCCGUACUUAGUCAUUGUGGAGUGUUGUUGUUGAUAGUGCUACGAACCCCUCAUUGAGGGACAAAACGAAACCGGUUUUAGUACCCCGGUGGCCGGCCGACGGCUUUGAGCAGGGUCACCACGAGAUUUAAUGAUUUCCAGUAAUUAGCAGAGUGCUCUUUUUAUCCGCGUGCUUACUAAAAAAAACUAAAACAAGAAACGUAUACCAAAUCGACGCCACAAAAACAACCCAAAGAAGACAUCCACCCACGGUUUGCUGUGAGAAUGUCCCAUGACACAGAUGAUAGCAAAGUGCGCUACCGGCGGACACAAAGCGUGACAAGAGCCGAAGAAAUCACCAAAAAGGAAUCGAACCAGCGAAAGUCACAGCCAGACAAACCAUGUCACAGGCCGCGGGAUUCGCUGUUCUCAUGGAGCUCGGGCUUCGACAAUUUUACCGGACUAGUCAAUUGGGGCUUUCUGCUGCUCACGAUGGGAGGCUUUCGGCUAGUGUUGGAAAACUUUAUCAAAUAUGGUAUCCGAGUAGACCCGGUCCAGUGGUUCGUGGUGCUAACCGGGAGAAAUGAAGGCCAAGGUCACCCUUCCUUGCUGUUGGUGCUUUAUUCAUUAGUUCCUAUAGUGAUAUGUUUGACGGUGGAGAAAGGCUUAGCUUCCGAAGUGAUCAUGGAAAGUGCCGGCAUGGUAGUGCAUGUAGUUAACAUUAUUGUGCUGGUGCUAAUUCCCAUGGUGGUGAUACACGUCAAAGGGCAAGCAUUCAGUCUCGUUGGCGCUAUGACAGUGUGUUUCGUUUAUUGCAUCUUGUUUCUGAAGAUGUGGAGCUACGUACAGGUAAACCUAUGGUGUCGAAGUGAACACAAGCAUAGCAAGAAAAGAUCCAGCCGUCGACAAAGUAUUUCCAUUGCUCAGCUACAAAACGAUCAAGUUAAUGGCAAUGGAGUGGCAUCGGGUGCUGAAAAGGACAAAGUGGCAAUACUGGUACACUAUCCGAACAACCUGCAUCUGAGAGACCUGUUCUACUUCCUGUUGGCGCCAACGCUGUGCUAUGAACUGAACUUCCCACGAACCUCGCGUAUACGAAAGCGCUUCCUGAUCAAACGAAUUCUCGAAGUGGUCAUCGGAGUGCACAUCGUCAUGGGACUGUUCCAGCAGUGGAUGAUACCAUCCGUGAGAAACUCUUUGGUUCCUUUCUCCAACAUGGAUCUAACGAAAAUGACCGAGCGAUUGCUCAAACUAGCUAUUCCUAACCAUCUGAUGUGGUUAUGCUUCUUCUAUCUAACUUUCCAUUCUUUCCUGAACCUGAUGGGUGAGCUGCUCCAUUUUUCUGAUCGUAACUUUUACAGCGACUGGUGGAACGCCAACAACAUCGAUACCUUCUGGAGAACAUGGAAUAUGCCUGUUCACAAAUGGUGCGUCCGACAUCUGUAUAUCCCGGUCGUAGAGAUGGGCUACUCCAAGAUAUCCGCGUCGGUGUUUGUGUUCUUCAUCAGUGCCUUCUUCCACGAGUACCUGGUGAGCGUCCCGCUCAAGACAUUCAAAAUCUGGGCCUUCAUGGGCAUGAUGGCGCAGAUUCCGCUCUCUUUCGUGUCCAAAUUCAUGGAGAAGCAGUACGGCGCCCGGUGUGGCAACAUCGUGGUGUGGGCGUCCAUUAUCCUAGGGCAACCAUUGGCAAUCAUGAUGUACUACCAUGACUACGUAAUUACGAAUUACAAUGACGUAUUGGUGUGAUUACUACUUACCACGUAGACUUAUGAUCCGUCGAGCAAUGUGAGACGAAUAACCAAUGCAUAUCGAUUAGGAAAUUCCAAUUACAUCACUAUCUUGCAUUACUGAUAGUAUAAUCCAAUUUGCGUUUGUAAGCGAUAUACAUCAAAAGUUUUGUCAUGCAUUUCUGUACCUAAUAUAAUAUGGCUUUCUAUUGUACGAUUAUUAUUUUUUUAUAAUAAAAAUGUUUGUAAAAAUG